CGCGCCCUUUCUCCACAUUUGGCGCGCCGCCUCGUGUUUAUGUUUAUAGCGAAAGAUCGCGCCAAACCUCGUGCCGGUGAGUAGUAAACAUCAUCGUCGUCAUCAAUUAGAACGAACGAGUAAACUUCGCUUAUAACAGCAAUCAACCAUGUCUGAGAAGAACAACAACGAUAACCUUGCAGAUCCAGUUACCUCUGGCACGCGUAAUCGGCUCGCCAUGACUGAUGAUAUACCACCGACCCUGGCUAAUGGUGAACCACAUACCUCGGAUGGUGCCCCUUUGUCUGAGGAGGCCCCACCUAGCACCACACAUUCCGCACUUCAGGCGAGCAGGUAUACCUAUGAGGACAUCGAGGCGAUGGCCGAAUUUCUGUUGGCCAGGCAACCUCAUCGUCCGACGAUAGGCAUCAUCUGUGGGUCUGGCCUGAUGGGACUGGCCAAUAAGCUGGAGGAGAAAUACACCAUACCAUACGAGAAGAUUCCAAACUUCCCCGUCAGUACAGUUGAAGGACACCAUGGUCAGUUCUGCUUUGGAACUCUGAAUGGAAAGACUGUAAUGAUGAUGCAGGGAAGAUUCCAUCUUUAUGAGGGAUAUCCAUCAUGGAAGCUUAUAGCACCUGUGCGUGUCAUGAAGCUCAUCGGCGUGGACACCCUGGUCGUAACAAAUGCUGCCGGUGGAAUGAAUCCUAACUACAAAGUCGGGGAUAUCAUGGUCAUGAUUGAUCACAUCGGAAUGCCAACAUUGGCCAAUUCAAACCCCCUCUGUGGCCCCAAUGAUGAUAGGUUUGGAGCAAGAUUUAUCAACAUGUCUAACGUCUAUGACAAGAAGCUGAGGAAACUCGCUUUGAAGGUUGCCCAGGACCUGCAGUGCUCAACGUAUGUGAAAGAGGGCGUCUAUGUCAUGGUCGGAGGGCCGUCGUACGAGACUCCAGCUGAGCUGAGGCUUCUGAGAGCAUUGGGAGCCGAUGUCGUAGGUAUGAGCACCGUCCCGGAAGUGAUAGCUGCAAGGCAUUGUGGGAUGCGCGUCCUUGGUUUCUCACUAGUGACGAAUGCCUGCAUCAUGGACUAUGCCACCAAAGGUGAGGUGUGUCAUGAAGAAGUCCUUGAAACCGGGAAAUGGCGCGCAGGAGUCCUCCAGGAUCUAAUUGGACAAGUCGUUGAGAGGAUAAAUGGCGAGGAAUGAGAAUAGCUCCUGUCCAAUCAGCUAGAUACUCCCUCCUGAGUAACCGUGUAUUGAUUUUAUGAGACAUUUGAAGAGAUUUCUCUCAUAACUUGAGAAAAAGGACUUGAGAAUGAAUAGUAUCUCUUCCAGUUCUAACAGAUUAUCUAUCUCAUGAAUUUAACAUAGAUUUUCUAUUUUGUGAAUUUGAGCAGAAUGUAAUUCAUCAGCUACCAUUCAUGUGUGAACGGCCACCUCUCAUUUUCAAACAUCUUCCAUUCACAUAUGAACGUCGAGGAACUUCCCAGCACCAGCGCCCCAACCCAGAUGCUGUCAGCUUUUUAUUAGAUCAUCAUUGUUCAUGAUCCCACGUUUCCAGGCAUUCCAGGAUACAAUGUUAUUGAUGAGAAAACUAGCUGUACUGCAGAAACAGGGUCCUUUCUCUGAAGUUUGUUUGCAUACUUACUAUUGCAUGUAUGCAAAUAAUCUAAAGUGAAAACAUUACUGUUUUGCUGUGCUGGUUUUGGAAACCUGCAGUCCAAGAUGUGUAUUUUCUGGGUUAAUUUAGCCCUUAGUUUAAAAUAAUGAUGAGAUAAAAAUCUGGUUUUGAUAGGUGAGCUACAUCCAGUUGCAAGGUGUAAAUUGUAGUAUACAAGUCAAAGUCUUGCAAAACUCAGCACAAAACAAUACAGUUUGAUGACAGUAUUCCAAGUAGUGUGGUUGCGGUAAAGUGGCAUUAGACAAGCGUAUACAGUACAGAUUCCUUUGUUGUAGGAGUUCUUCUCUCCUGUGCCAGCCGCAUAGAAACGUUGUUAGUCUAGUAACAGAGCGCUAACAGUAAGCCCAGUCACAUCUUUCAGAUUGUGAAGUCAGAAAAUUUAUUUCAGUGUAUGAGUAAUGCAUUGUUCUAACAUUAGGCAUCACCAUCACAUUACCGGUUGUGACAGAGCCUCUGUUAAUGCAUUGUCAGCACCAACAAUGUUCAUGUGUUGUCUGUACUGGUCAUUAGUUUUAUUAUGCAAUGAAGCCUUGAUAUCUCAUGAGAUUGUAAUUAGUCAUUACUUACAAUGAAAUACAAGAGGUAUCCAGCUGUUAGUUUUGCACUAUUCGAUACCCCACUUUGCCAGGAAAUCUGCAUUUUUGGAAAAGACGGUAUUCUCAAAAUUGUAUUGCACAUAUUGCAGAAAUGGUGAAUAUAAGGGGGGGGAGUUUCAUUACCCCUUGAAAAACUGAAAAAAAAAUUAAUGUAUCAUCUCUGGAUGUCAUUAGUUAUUUGCAAUUGAGAUGUCUAAAGAGCUUUGAGGAGAACUACAUCUCUUCCCUGUAAAUACAUAAAUCUAAUCACUAUUGCAAUUAUUCUUACAGGGUAAGUAAAAUUGAAGAUGAAGUAUAAAUUCUCUCAAUUUACAUGCAUGUUUUUUGCAUGUCUAUUUCAUAAUAUUUCUUACUUCCAAACAGGCAGGGGUUUAAUUAUAGUUUCUUUUGUAGCAAAAAUAUAUGAUUAUAAUAAAAUAACUUCAGAAAUUUUGCAUGAAUCUCAACACCCACGACUUUCACAAGCACACAUUUUUUUUCUCCUGUCACAUGACCUGUGUUACCUUUUUUUCACAUACGAUGCGACUGGCUAAUGCAAUGGUUGCUAUGGUAACUUUGACUAUGGUAGCCUUGACUAAGCAAUUUGCUUAUAAGGUUUCAUUUCCUUUGUGUGGUUUUAUGAAGUCAAGAGCUGUUGGGUCUGUCGGACAGAUUCAUAAUAAUUUGUAACCCAAUCUGCCAAUAAAGUAUCUUGUUUAGUUUACUGUUUCAAAGUUGUAAAUUUGUUCAGAAUAUCAUUGAUAGCAAGAUUGAAACAAAUCUUUGUCAUGAAAGAUUGUCAUGAAAUGAAGGUUCUUAUGAUGUCUUGCUCAAUACCAUCAUUACUUGAAGAAUUCAUUUUUGCUCAUGAAGUACACGAGUUUUAUAGUAUAGACAGUCAAAUUUACAACUGCUUUCAUAUGCUUAAAUACCUCUUACAAUAUCUCUGGAUUUAUGUUUGCAUAUCAUGUGUUAAAUAAAGUGGUGGAGGUUUCUUUGGUUUUACUUUUUGUUUAUUUUUUUGUAUUGAUAUGAGGCUACCUCUGCAAAACCAACUUUCUCUAAAACAAUUGAAUUGUCUUGUUUUUUGAAAAUUACCAAAAUCAUUACUGAAAUUAACAUCUAUAAAUCAAAUGAUGUGCACUGUAGAAAACAAGUUGAAUUUGAAACAUCUCGUUUCAUUACUUUAAAAUUUUUCUGUAUUCUUUGGAUAUCUGCAUUAUAUUUUAUGGAGCAGACCUUGUGUGCAUGGUGUAUUUCCUGUAAUUCUCGAUUAAAGAGUGAGUAUAAUUCUAAUACAGUUUAAUUCAAUAAUUCCUGUAUCUGAAAACCUACAGUGAUGUAGUACUUUGUAGAAAUAAUUACGAUGACUUGCCAUAAAUCUAAACUGUAAGGAAGCUAAUUUUAAGGGUGUUGGAAGUUGACAAAUUAUUGUCAUAAAUGCAUUUUCAAUUAAAUCUUUUUUUUAAUACAAUCUAGAUCUUCUAAUCUGAAGGUCUUGUCACAUCGUUCCGCGCAAGCCUUGCGGGGUAGUUGUGGGCAACUAUUUGAGCUACCCGUAGGUAGCCCGCAUUGACAGUAUCUCCCCAUAUCUCUCACGCAGUUGCCUGCAGUAGCGCACGCAAGUCAGAAAAUUUCAGGAAAUGCUCAAAACUUUGUUGUGGGGGAGUUGCGGGCAAUCAUCUGCAACUCUCCCACAGAACGAUGUGAUAGGGCCUUAAGGAAAGUGCAAUCCAGAGAUUUCAGACAAGAUUGUAUUAAAUUUUUUGGAUGUGACAAGUCAUAGCUCGUGUAAUUAGGUUGGCAUUAUCUGUCACACUCUGUAUUCUCAGAACGCUGCUAAUAUGAAGUAUUACAGCAUCAUUUCUUCCUUUCUCCAUUUUUCAUGGUAUACAAUAGUUUUGAAAUGCGCUAGUCAUUAAUAUUUUAUCAUUGUUUUAACGACUCCUUAAGAUUGCUGUUGAUGAUAUAGAUAUUUUCUGUAAUGGGGGAGGCUUUAAGUAUUCAUAAUGUGAAUUUCAAGUGGCUUUAUUAUCCAAUCCACAUUUUUCAAAGAUUAUCUGUUUAACGAAAUGUAUUU